AUGUCGGACGACCCAUCUCUUAAGCAACCUGCUGAGCCAGGCGUUGCUGCUACCCACGCAGAUUCACAGGAAUCCUCCGCUCUAAAGGAAACCAUCCAAUCUAAAUACCCGGACGAUUCGGAUGCACCCGGCAGUAACCAACCCGCCGAGUCUCAAGGCGCGACACAGGAUACGGAGACAUGCGUUGAGCUUCCGACAGGUGUUUCUACCCUUGGUGAUGCCGCUACCAACUCUAACCAUUCCGAAUUCUUGACCCUCUUGGAGUCAGCCACUCCGCAGACAUCCAAAGCAGAUGCCCCAGAAGACCCUCCUGUGAACGUGGAUGCCACUACAGCUGUCUCGGAACAAACAACUCCGCAGAUUUCCCAGCCAGAUACCUUGGAAACCCUUCCGGCAACGGAGGAGGUUGCUCUAGCUAAUACUGAGUCGGACCAGGCUGAGAAACAGUCAGCAACAGAGCCCGAAGAGGAACAACCUAGCUCGCUCCCAACGCCUACAGCCGCCGAUCUACUUGCCCGCAAUGAUAUUGUUUCAAGGACCAAUUCAUUCCCUGCCUUCGGCUCGGCAGAUGAACCGUCCCAGCACACAACUUCUGCAUCCGACCCUGGCAAUGCAAGUGAAUCACAAGAAGACAAAAACAGCCACACUCCUUAUGCUCGUCCACCUACGGACCUAAUGAUUGAUUCUGAGAAUGGCCAUGUCUCGUUACCCUGGAAUGAUGCGGCUCAAGAUGGCGAGGUCGAAGGGGAAGACUUUUUCAACCAAGUUAGCACUCAGACCAAGCCAAUAUACAUUCCUCCCGAAUUUGCGGAGUCGAGAUUUGAGGAAGGGCUGCCACUUGUUGAUAACGGUGACCAGAACUAUGGCGAGCCAGUAACCGAGUCUAGGCCACAAAACACCCUCGAUUCUGUAUUCGGUGAGGAUAUGGCAACUGAGGAAGCUGGGUUUUUCAGCUCUAAUUUGGCCACUGCGGAAAAGCUGUCGGAUGAACCACCUUCGCUGCACCGAAAACAGACAUCACAAGUGCUGGACUCACUAAAAUUAGAUGAUGCCUUCUUGGGUGAUGACUCUCCCAUUGAGCCUCAUCUUACCUCCGGCCAGCAGUUCCCCAGCUCUGGAGAGCCUGAUGAAGCUACUACAUCAAAGGAUGAUACCGUCCCCACCGAAAAUUUGGAUGAAAAUGAACUAGCAGAGCGAUGGAAAGCAGCACUGGAUGAUGACUUACUUGAUGAUGGGCUCCUCGACGACGACCUACUCGAUAAUGAUAAUGCGUCCCAGCCUAUCCAGAAUGAAAAACCACCAGCCCCGUCACAACAUUAUCCCCCCUCCCAAUCAGCGUAUUUGCCUCAAGCUCCGCCCGCACUGGCAUCUAUUAACCCCUACGCUCCUCACCAGCCAUCAUCUUCGUCCAUGAUGGAGGGCAUAGCUCCUGCUAUCUAUGGGGAGCAUGUGCAACCCAUUAGCCCAGUGAGUGGAACUGCGGAAAGCUUUUCAAAUCAGCCAAAGGCCGGAUACAAAUCUCCCUAUGAUCUACCUGAUGAUUUACAACCAAAACGUCGAGUUGCCCCGCGAUCCGUAUCUAAUAUGAGCCAGCCAUUCCAAGCCACGACCAGCUCUCGGCCUUCCAGUCCCUAUAGCACAGCACCCCCACCAAUUGCACAUCCACCAGCGGCAAACAAUCCUUAUGCACCUCCCACUCAACCUCAGGCUCAGCGUCCUGCUGCUCCUAGCAACUUUUUCGAAGAGCUUCCAACAACUUCGCGGUCAAGGCCAUCCACAAGAGGAAGAUACGCUCCUCAGCCUACAGAAACCGGCCAACAGGUAGCUCCAAACCCGCAGAUGAUGACACCUCCCUCCCAGCAGCAUAGUGAACUUCAACCUCACGGCCAGUUUCAAUUACAACCCCCUGCAAGAAUGGACCCCUACGCAAACGUCCCGACCCCUACCGGACCAGGUGCAACCAAGCCAUCAACUCAAUAUUCCCCUAGACCUAUUGGGAAGCCCGCAUCCUCUGGUCGUUACUCACCUGCUCCUCUUUCUAGCAGUGCUCCUAACCACUCAUAUAUGCCCAAUCACGCAGGGAUCACUCUCCCGUUUCAGCCGAGAACGUCAAGCCCGCUGGCGCAACAUGAUUCAAGUCAUGUCAGACCUCAGGCCCACCCAGAGACUCCCCGUGAGAACAACUUUGGUAACCAAGAGUCAGCGCAGCAUUUGUCACCCCCAAUUGCCCAUAACGACUUCGGCCCAAGGAAUUAUGCCCCCAUGGCAAGCGUUGGUCCUUCUACCCAAUAUAAUAUGCCACCACCUUCUGCUCCCGACAAUGCUCCAAGGCCUGCGUCCGCUCAUGCUCCCAGUGCACCCGUUCCUGGCGCCCAUGUCCCACUUACCCGUGCCAUGACCGCUGACUCACAUUCCACGCCUAUAGCCGAUUUCAUUCCUCCAGUAGAUAAUCACAGCCUUGACGAAUUGGAACGUUGGAAAGGUGCUCCUAUCAUUAAGUUUGGUUUCGGUGGAUCUUUAAUUACAUCCUUUCCAAAGCGUGUUCCUAUGUAUUCAACCGGCCAACUUACCCCUCGUAUGAAACCUGUCCCCGGAGAAGUCAAAUUGCGUUCGGUCAAUGAGGCCAUCCCCGGGUCGCUAAUGCCCGCUAAAUUCCCUGGCCCGCUAAAGUCCAAGUCUAAAAAGAAGGAGGUCAUUACCUGGUUAUCAAACAUGAUAUCCAGCUUCGAGCAUGAGGAACCGCAGGGCCUCGCCCACCUUACCCAAGGCGAGUACCAAUCCAAAGUAGAGAAAAUUAUGCUUUGGAAGGUCCUUAGGACGUUGGUUGAACAUGAUGGCAUCCUUCGAGGAGCACCAGAGGCAGAGAAAAGUCUACGUGGUAUUCUAUCGCCUGUCACACAGCAAGACGAUCAAAUAGCACUCACCAUAGGCUCAACCAAUGCACUCUACGGUAAAGAAGAACCGGCGAAUGUCAGUCUUAAUGCUAUUCAACAUAACCUUCUCCUCGGUGAGCGUGAGAAGGCUGUGUGGGAUGCUGUUGAUCAUCGGCUGUGGGGCCAUGCAAUGCUACUAUCUUCAACACUGAACCCAUCGGUCUGGAAGCAGGUUGUUCAGGAGUUCAUUCGUCGGGAAGUACGAUCUGUUGGUGAAAAUACCCAAUCGCUUGCGGCUCUUUACGAAGUGUUGGCUGGUAAUUUUGAAGAGAGUGCCGACGAACUAGUCCCUCUGUCUGCGCGAGCAGGGUUGCAAAUGGUGAAUAUGCGCACAGGUCAAGGACCAACAGGAAAUGCACUAGACGGACUUAAUAAAUGGCAAGAAACCUUGAGUUUGAUUCUGAGCAACCGCAGCGCCCAGGAUGAUCAGGCUAUAUUGGCCUUAGGCAAAUUGCUUUCGUCUUAUGGGAGGAUUGAAGCAGCACACAUUUGUUUCUUGGUUGCCAGAUCGAAUACAAAUCCCAUCUUCGGGAAUGUCGAGGACCCGAAUGCUUAUAUUGUCCUCAUUGGAGCCGACCAUAAACGAUACCCAUUCACCUUUAUGACCGACCCUACUUGCUGUUUACUUACCGAAGUAUAUGAAUUCGCGACAUCUGUCCUGACAGCGACACCGUUGCAUGUUCUACCUCACCUUCAGGCUUUCAAAUUACAACACGCAAUGACUCUUGCUGAAACUGGCCACAAGACCGAAGCCCAGCAAUAUUGUGAAGCAAUUGGUGCAUUGCUGAAAGCAGCAACUAAACUCUCACCGCACUAUAAUCAGCGGUUCUUCAUGGAAUUGGAAGAGCUUUCAAACCGUCUCCGGCAAUCACCUGGUGAUGCGGCUUCUUCUUGGAUGUCGAAGCCCAGUAUGGAGAAGGUGUCUGGCUCAAUGUGGGCAAAAUUCAACAGCUUUGUAGCUGGUGACGAUGCUAGUCCUGCCUCAUCUGAUCCCUCCAAGGCUCACGAUGAGCAAGGCCCCUUUGCGAAUAUUGUUGGCACACCCCCAGUUAACCAUUCACCUGGGGGACCCGAAUCAUUCGGUUCAUAUUUCCCCUCGCAUCAACAACAGCCAGUGCCCAUCCCAACCUCGAACUCUCGGUAUGCACCCAGUAAUCAAUAUGCAUCUUUCUCAUCUCCCGAUCAGCUUCGUGGCCGUCGCUCCCUAGAUUCACAACGUUCUCCCUCGCGCGGCCCAGCGGCUCGAGCAUACUCUCAAAGGCGCCAUUCGCAAGAUCCUUCGGCCAGCUUGGAGGGUAGCUACAACCCGAUCAAUGCUAGCAAUCCUUAUUCCCCAGCAGUUUUGGCCCCUCAAGCCGCAACGCAUUCUGCACCAUUACCUGCACAUUCUCCCCUGGCCCCAGUUGAGGAGGCAAACUCAUCUUUGGCCCCAAGCACUACCUCAGAACAAGUUUCUGGCCUAGGCGUGUCUGCCCCCGGUCCUAACUCGUUCCAGCCGGCUCCUCAACAAAAUGACCAUAUGUAUUCCCCACCUUCUCAAGGCUCCCAAGGAGGAUAUGAACCUCCAUCAGAUGGAGGCUAUCAACCACCAUCUUACGAGCCACCGUCUUACGAACCACCUGCCGAUGAGCCGGAAUCCCCUGACAGUGAGAUCGCCGAGGAGAAGAACCCCAAGGGUAAGAGUUUUAUGGACAAUGAUGAUGGGGAUGAUUACAUUGGCAAAGGAGAGACAAACGGGGUGGAAACAGACAGAGGGCGGAGGGAUAGAGAAGCAGCGGAGCUCGUCAGGAAGGCAGCAGAAGAAGAUGCCAAACGACCACCUCCGGAUGCAAAGAAGGGUUGGUUUACUGGCUGGUUUGGAAAACGAGAUCCAAGCUCUUCCGGUGGCCCUAUUCGCGCCAAGUUAGGAGAACAAAGUUCCUUUUACUUUGACGAAGACCUUAAGCGAUGGGUUAACAAAAAGGACCCCAACAGUGCUACGGCAUCUACUACGGCCUUGCCUCCUCCCCCCAGGGGCUCAGCACCCGGCAGCCGGUCUGCCAGCGCUGAGCACCGACCACCGACCUCAGCGUCCGUAGCGAGCGCGCCCGAUGCACUCCCUAUUCCACUUGCCAGAGGACUAUCUGCUCAGGGCCCCAAUUCACCGUAUGGUUCAGCCCCUCCGCCGUCUUCACUAGGAAUGCCUUUCUCCAGCAGCCCAGGUGGGCGUUCAGUCUCUGGCGGUACCCCACCUACUAAUCCAUCUUCCAGACCUGGUACUGCAUUGAGUCAUGCAAGCUCCAUUGACGAUUUGCUCGCGGCCCCACAGACCAGGAAGGGAGGUACCCUCAAAGGACGAAAGAAGGGCAGAUAUGUGGAUGUCAUGGCAACAUCGUGA